AUGAAUCUAAGUCAGAUUAAAUGUGUACAAUUGUAUAGUGCCUGAAAGCGAAGUAAAAAUUUCCCACAAUUCAGUGCGUUCUUUUGCACUAGCCAACAUGGCGAACCAAGGCGAGGAGAGCAAGGAGAAGCAGAAUGUGAUGCGUGAGCUGCGCAUCCGCAAGCUGUGCCUCAACAUCUGCGUGGGAGAGAGCGGUGACAGGCUGACCAGAGCUGCCAAGGUGCUGGAACAACUGACGGGCCAGACCCCGGUCUUCUCAAAAGCUCGCUACACCGUGCGUUCCUUCGGUAUCCGUAGGAAUGAGAAGAUUGCCGUGCACUGCACCGUCAGGGGAUCUAAGGCUGAAGAAAUCCUGGAGAAGGGACUCAAGGUGCGUGAGUACGAGCUGAGGAAGGGCAACUUCUCCAAGACGGGCAACUUUGGCUUUGGCAUCCAGGAGCACAUUGAUCUGGGCAUCAAGUACGACCCCAGCAUCGGCAUCUACGGUAUGGACUUCUACGUGGUGCUGGGCCGGCCAGGGUUCAACGUGCGUCACAAGAGGCGUAAGCAGGGCAGGGUGGGGGCCAAGCACCGAGUGUCCAAGGAGGAGUCCAUGAAGUGGUUCCAGCAGAAGUACGACGGUAUCCUCCUUCCAGGCAAGUAGACCCAGACAGAAUCAAGCCAGCGUGACCAAGAACACCUAACUUGCACCUUUGGUUGCACCUGUACAGCGAGAACACUUGUGAAUAACUUCCUUUAUUUCCUUAAGGCUUGUCAAUGCCACCACUGAGCGCCAGCACACCCAAGAAGCCUAGCUUAUCACAAGUAUGAGAACACUUGUACUUCAAGGAACCUUUGAAGAUUUCCCGUAUUUCCUUGUGUCUUGACAAUAAAUAAAACCAUUGACCAGUUGACCAGUAAAA